CUGGAACAGCUAGACUUGGAAGGCUCCUCACCCCGUGACACUUUCGCUCCUCUGACUCUCUGGCACCAGCUUCCACCAUGACCCAACGAUCAUCUGUCACCAUCAAGUCCGGAGGCACUCGGAACUUCAGUGCUUCCUCGGCCAGCCUCCUCCCAGGCUGCCGGCCCAGCUUCAGCUCUGUCUCUGUGUCCCAGGGCGGGAAGGGCUUCGGGGGCAGCUUUGGGGGCGGCUUCGGGACCAGGAGCCUCCACAGCUUUGGGGGUAGCAAGAGAAUCUCUAUCAGCGGAGGCUACCGCUGCGGCCGGGCCAGCGGUGGGGGUGCCGGCUACGGGCUGGGUCUCGGAGGCAUGGGCUACCGGGCCGGGGGAGCCUUCGGUGGGUACGGAUUUGGAGGUGGGAUGAUGUCUGGCUCUGGGGGCAUCCAGGAGGUCACUGUCAACCAAAGCCUCCUGACCCCCCUCCACCUGGAGAUCGAUCCCUCCCUCCAGCGGGUACGAAAGGAGGAGAAGGAGCAGAUCAAGACCCUCAACAACAAGUUCGCCUCGUUCAUUGACAAGGUGCGCUUCCUGGAGCAGCAGAACAAGGUCCUGGAGACCAAAUGGAGCCUCCUGCAGGAGCAUAAAACCGCCAGGGCCAACAUCGAGCCCAUGUUUGAAGCCUACAUCAGCAACCUGAGGCGGCAGCUGGACUGCCUAGGCGGCGAGCGGACGCGGCUGGAGACGGAGCUGAAGAACAUGCAGGACGUGGUGGAAGACUUCAAGAACAAGUACGAAGAAGAAAUCAACAGACGCACAGUGGCGGAGAAUGAGUUUGUGGUGCUCAAGAAGGACGUGGACGCCGCCUACAUGAACAAGGUAGAGCUGGAGGCCAAGGUGGACGCCUUAAUGGAUGAAAUCAACUUCCUGAGAGCUUUCUACGAUGCGGAGCUGGCUCAGCUGCAGGCCCAGAUCUCAGAAACCUCCGUGGUCCUGUCCAUGGACAACAACCGGAAGCUGGACCUGGACAGCAUCAUCUCCGAGGUCAAGGCCCAGUACGAGGACAUUGCCAACCGCAGCCGGGCCGAAGCUGAGUCCUGGUACCAGACCAAGUACGAGGAGCUGCAGCGGUCGGCCGGCCGGCAUGGGGAUGACCUCCGCACCACCAAGAUGGAGAUCUCCGAGCUGAACCGCGUGAUGCAGAGACUGCGCUCUGAGAUCGAUAACCUGAAGAAGCAGUGCGCCACGCUCCAGAAUGCCAUCGCCGAUGCCGAGCAGCGCGGGGAGCUGGCCCUCAAGGACGCCAAGCACAAGCUGGCCGAGCUGGAGGACGCCCUGCAGAAGGCCAAGCAGGACAUGGCCCGGCAGCUGCGCGAGUACCAGGAGCUCAUGAACGUGAAGCUGGCCCUGGACAUCGAGAUCGCCACCUACCGCAAGCUGCUGGAGGGCGAGGAGUGCAGACUCACUGGGGAAGGCGUCGGACCCGUGAACAUCUCCGUGGUCUCCUCCAGCGGGGGCACGGGCUACAGCUCGGGCGGCGGCCUCUGCAUGUCCGGCGGCGGCGGCAGCGGCUACAGCCUGGGCUACAGCUCCGGGGGCGGCUUCAGCUCCCCCAGCAGCCGCAGCAUGAGCGGCAGCAGUUCCAGCGUGCGCAUCAUCUCCAAGACAUCGUCCACGAAGAAGAGUUACAGGAGCUAAAGGGCCCCGGCCCCCUCGGCUGUCCCUCCAGCCUCCCCCGACCCCCAGCCCUAAGACCUGCCGCUUCGCUGAUGCCCCAUGCGCCAAAUCAACAGCAGGAGGCAUGGGGAGUGGCCUGUGCGUCCUAAGGUCACCCUGUCCAUCCCUCUGCCUCUGGAUGGGUCCCCACAGACGUACCCCCCUUGCUCCAGAUCCCAGGGCCCUCCAGGGUCCCCAGGCAUCCACUCCCACUAAUGCCCACUCGACUGCUCUGUGCCAAGCCCUGGGCUAGGACUUGGCCCCGCUUCCAGAGCAGGGCUGCGGUAGGGUCUUCCUCCUCCCACCGGAGCCAGAUCCACGGCACCCACAGGCCUUUAGAGAGGAGGGUAGGGCUUAGAAUUGACCUUGGUGCCCCCAAAGGAGCUGCGAGUAGUCUAGACCAGGGUUCCAUGCGUGGCUCUCUCGCCGCAGCAGGACGCUUUCCUGUAGGCCCCCUCCGACCAGGGAACGCUGCCAACCCAACCAGCAUGGGGUGUCCCCACUUCCUUCCGGCUUAUCCCCCGCCCGGCUCCCAGCCACUUCCCCUGACAACUCCCACCAUCAGAAUAUUGGAAUAAGAAAUCAACACCCUUCAAAAUAUGACCGACUCGAUUAUUCAUACUAGCAUAGAAUGAUUUUAUCAAGAAUGCCAAAGUGCUCCACGGCCUGGGGCUACAUUCCAUGAGAGUUCACAGCCAGAUUCCUUUCAAAUCUGCCUCAUUUAGGCCAAUAUUAGAAUUACCAUCCCACCCAGAACGGCCCUGCUGCUGAGUGGGAGGGAGGCAGGCUCAUGCCAGGCGUGGGACGGCGGCCAGGCAGCAGAUGAACCAGGGAAGGAGCCCGAGCAGCCUGUGUUAGAACGGCCCUGACAGAAUCCUCCUGUAGAGUAACCCUCCAGGCUCAGGAGUCUUUCUUCUGGCUCUGUGGUAGCCAUGUCCCUUUUCUGGAAAGUUCUCUUUCCUUCUUACCUUGCUCUUUCUUCCCUCCUCCUUGUUCUACUCCUCUUCCACCACGCCGUGUAUCUUCUCUCUCCACCCCUGCCCUCUGCUCCUUUAUAUCUCUCUUUUCUUCUCCUCCCACUCAUCCAUUUGGCAAUACAUCCCCUGCUCCCUCUCUCCUGACCUUUCCUUAUCUCUCCAUCUCGGACACGUCUACGGUGUGGAUUUGCCUGUGCCCCAGGCCCGGCUAGAACUGACAUUCUCCAGGCAGCCCACCAAACCCCCUGCCCCACAGUCUGAGAGGGCAGACUCGGGAGAGAGGCAGUCCUUCCUCCUGCGUCUUUCCUCACUCUCAGAGGAUGCUCGCUCGGCCCGUGAAGGCAGCAGGGGCAGAGGAGCCGUGGAAGAGGGGAGCCGUGUAGGCACAGAGAUCUUUUUGAAGCUGGCCUUCAUGGAGUGGUUUCCCUACUUGAGCAGCUGGGAACUCUCAAAACACCUGCCAUGCAUUCAAGACGAAAACGCGUUCCAAAGGCAAGCAGGGACUGGCUGCCAGCUGUGGACAUGAAGACAGGAGAGAUAUUAAGUUAGAAAAAAACGUCACCCCGCUCUGAUCGUCUCAAACCCUCCUGAACGGCCUGCUCCCCAUGCCUGCCUAUUUCCUGAUAGCGCUUCAAUAAAGUGUCCCUGAGCUCUCUAGGU